AUGUUCAUUCCAGGGACCAGAAGAAUUAUUGUCAGACGCGAUGUCAAGUUCAUAGAGGACAAGGCGUUUAGAAGAUCCAGAGAUUUGCCAGCAGAUGAUCGGAGUGAGCAGCCAAUGAAAGCUCCAAGUCCAAGUCAAGGACAACAAAGCUCAAGUACAGUUACUAGUACAAGCAUAGACUCAAGGAGAGGCAUCGCAGACAAGGCUCAGGCGUUGUUUGUUUUUGGAGACUCUUAUGCCGACACUGGAAAUCGUAAUCCAUACAAUCAAACUGUAAACGAGUCAUGGAGACGACCAUACGGUUCGACCUGGCCUGGCUAUCCUGCAGGACGAUAUUCUUCUGGAAAAGUCCAGACAGAUUCUUAUGAGCUGCUCAGAAGUCAUGGCUGUAAAGCAACUGCAAAGAAGAUUAGACGAGGAGUAAAUUUUGCAGUUGGAGGAAGUGGAAUAUUUCAAGCCAACGGUUUCAUAACAGUAGCACAACAGGUGAAGCAGUUUAAGAAGGUGAUAGGACAAAGUCAUGAGUUCGACUCUCAGAAGCUCUCGCAGUCUGUAGUUCUUAUCUCUCUUGUUGGUAACGACUACCUUGCAUUCCUUGAUAGCAGAAACGGCUCCAUUGAGGGAGUGACGGAUCUUGUGAAACCUGUGGUAAGCGGGAUAAUCGACGCUGUGAAAGAGUUGUAUGAAAGCGGGCUUAGGAAUUUUGCGGUGAGUAAUAUUGUUCACUUUGGGUGCGGGCCUCAGAUCGGCAGAACAUCCUGUGAUUCAAACUACGAUGAAAUUUUAGCUCUUCAUACAAAAUUAAUGAGGGAGGGCGUAGAAAUCCUCAAAUCGGAUCUCAAGGAACUGUCCAUCAUAAUUUCAGAUUUGAUGUCUGCAGUUAAUCAUAUCUUCGCCAGUCCUGCUCAAUUUGGUUUUGUGGAUUUGUUCGUUCCUUGCUGUGCUGCAAAAGGUAGGGUUGAUAUGUGUGGAGAGGUGGAUCGAGUAGGCAGGGCUUUAUAUGAAGUGUGUUUUAACGUAGAUGAAAAGUUCUUGUGGGAUUUAGGCCAUCCAACACAGAGAGAAUGGCAUGCGAUAAUGUGGCUGUACAGUCAUGGAGCAAAUGAAGAGAAUAAAACGAUCAGUUUUAUUGAGGGUGCGCCAAACGUUAUUGAUUGGUCGAGUAUGAUCCGUGAAAAGUAUGACCAAACAUUGCAAGAGAUUGACAGACUUUUGGACAAUGUCAAUGCUGACAUUCUUAUAGAGGCUUUGGAUUUCAUUGUUGGAUUGCAUGCUACAUUUGGUAAUUCAGAACAUGAUGAUGGUGAGCUUGUGAAAAUCAAGCAUAUUCAGCAAGUGUCUCCUAUGGAGGAAGAUGAUGUCUCUUAUCAGUAG